AUGAAGAGAAAUAACCUGUCCUCCUUUUCCAUCUCUCCCUGGUUGCUGUUUACAGCAGCGAUGCUUCAAGCUGUAGAAUCAGCCAAGGGAAAAUAUGCUCACAUGCUGUUUAAUGAACUGUUUGAAGACUACUCAAAUGCUCUAAGACCAGUGGAAGACACAGAUAAAGUACUGAAUGUUACCCUUCAGAUCACAUUGUCCCAAAUUAAAGACAUGGAUGAAAGGAACCAAAUUUUGUCAGCUUACUUAUGGAUUCGACAAAGCUGGUAUGAUGCAUACCUCAAAUGGGACAAAGAUAAAUAUGAUGGGUUGGAUUCUAUCAGGAUUCCAAGCAAUUUGGUUUGGAGACCAGAUAUUGUCCUAUAUAACAAGGCUGAUGAUGACUUUUCAGAACCAGUGAAUACUAAUGUUGUGUUAAGAUAUGAUGGAAAAAUCACUUGGGAUGCACCUGCUAUCACAAAGAGCUCAUGUGUAGUGGAUGUAUCUUAUUUUCCUUUUGACAGCCAGCAGUGUAACCUUACAUUUGGGUCCUGGACCUAUAAUGGUAAUCAGGUGGACAUCAUCAAUUCUCUCGAUAGUGGUGACCUUUCUGACUUUGUAGAAGAUGUGGAAUGGGAGAUUCAUGGUAUGCCAGCAGUUAAGAACGUCAUCACUUAUGGCUGCUGCUCUGAGCCUUAUCCAGAUGUGACCUUCACUCUGAUUUUGAAAAGGAAGUCUUCAUUCUACAUAUUUAAUCUUUUGCUGCCUUGCAUUUUGAUCUCUUUUCUGGCCCCACUGGGAUUCUAUCUCCCUGCAGAUUCUGGGGAAAAAGUGUCUCUGGGUGUUACGGUUCUUCUUGCCCUGACUGUGUUCCAGCUGAUGGUUGCAGAGAUCAUGCCUCCCUCUGAAAACGUACCUUUGAUAGGAAAGUACUACAUAGCAACUAUGACCAUGAUCACAGCUUCCACUGCAUUGACGAUCAUUAUAAUGAAUCUCCACUACUGUGGCUCAGAAGCAAAGCCUGUUCCACAAUGGGCCAGGGUAGUUAUUUUGGACUAUAUGUCAAAAAUCUUUUUUGUCUAUGAUGUGGGUGAGAAUUGCACAAGUCCAAAAAGAGAGAAGGAGGAAGAACAUAAGUUAGAGGAGGGUGAUGGGUGUCAGAGGAGAUGCAAAGAGGUAAGGAGUCCCCUUUCCAAUCGGAAUGAUGACUCUGAUCUCAAGGAGAAGCUCAAUGGAAAUUUGAAUAAUAGCUAUGGAGUUCAUGGUGAAAAUGCUAGGGAGACUGUCAACUGCUGUUCCUGUUACAAAAUGCUGAUUAAGAAUAUUGAGUUUAUUGCUAAUUGUAUCCGAGACCAUAAAGCAAAUCGGGCCAAAGGAAUUGAAUGGAAAAAAGUAGCAAAAGUGAUGGACAGGUUUUUCAUGUGGAUUUUCUUUAUUAUGGUGUUUUUUAUGAGUGUGCUGAUAAUUGGGAAAGCAGCUUAA